AUGUCAAUCACACAAGCUUUAAGUAGCUUGCCAUUACUUCCCUCCUGGGCUGAAUCAUCGCCCGCACUCAGCUAUACCAUCUAUGCGGUGGAAGCUAUAUCGAUAGCACUAUUGGCAGCAUAUCUGUAUUUCUUUACGUGGAAAGAAUACAGAUUGCCUUUCAAGAACCUUCGGGGCCCAAAAGCCGAACAUUGGUUCUGGGGAAAUGUGAGGACGUUUAUAAAUUCACCACCUAUGGCACCUCACGGGCAAUGGAUCAAAGAAUAUGGACCAACAUUCCGAUAUAAAGUGAUUGGAGGAUUUUCACGUUUCUUCACAGCUGAUCCGGUUGCGUUAUCAUUCAUCCUAUCACACAGUGAUAUAUUCCCCAAACCACCUCAGACCAGAAAAGGUAUGGCUGAUAUGUUAGGCAAUGGAGUUCUAGUCGCAGAGGGACAUGAUCAUAAAAGGCAAAGAAAAGUUUUGAAUCCAAGUUUCAGUCCUUCUGCCAUCAGAGGAAUGAUACCUAUUUUUUAUGAUAAAUCAUUUGAAUUGAAAGAUAAGUUCAUAUCUCUGAUUGAAGGUGAUUCAAUCAAUGAAGAAUGUUCCCCUACUCCACCAAAGGAAAUGGACAUCAUCAAAGGAUCAAGAAAAAUCGAUAUAAUGAAUUGGUUAGGUAAAACUACUUUAGACGUCAUAGGUUUGGCUGGAUUCAGUUAUGAUUUUAACGCUUUACAAGAUCCUAAAAAUGAAUUAGCAGAAGCGUAUAGAAAGAUGUUCUCGGCCGGAAUGGAUAUCACUAUUGGUGCUAUCAUACAAGCUAUUCUCCCUUUCACUCAGAUCAUCCCCACAAAGCGUAUGCGAAUGGUAAAAGAAAGUAGUGCUAAAACCAAGGAAAUUGGACAGCGCCUCAUCGAUGAAAAGAAAAAGGUUAUCCUCUCAGCUUCUCAAGGUCUAGAUAAAAAGGAACAUACAGGAAACGAUCUUCUGUCUAUCCUCCUCAAAGCGAACAUGGCGUCCGAUCUAAAACCUGAUCAAAGGUUGUCAGACGAAGAAGUCUUGGCCCAAAUCACUACUUUUAUGCUCGCUGGAAACGAGACCUCCUCGACAGCUCUCACUUGGAUCCUCUACACUCUUGCUCAACAUCCCGAUGCGCAGAAAAGACUGAGAGACGAGGCGUUAAGUGUUCAAGAAGACAGACCAUCAUUGGAAACACUCAACUCUCUAUCCUAUAUGGACGCCGUAAUCCGUGAAGUGCUCCGAUUAUGUGCUCCCGCGCCAGCGACAAUGAGACAAUCGACUGAAGAUACCAUCGUCCCAUUGGGUACACCUGUCAGAGGAAGAGAUGGUAAGAUGGUCGAGAGCAUCAAUCUACCAAAAGGAGCCAUGAUGAUGAUUCCUAUUUUGAACGUCAACACAUCAACAGCGGUUUGGGGUGAAGAUGCAGAAUCGUUUAACCCUGACAGAUUCCUUAAACCUGCAACGGCAGAAUCCAAUUCCGUUCCAGGAGUAUGGGGGAAUCUGUUAACUUUCUUAGGUGGAACUAGGAACUGUAUUGGAUACAGAUUCGCUCUAGCCGAAAUUAAAGUUAUCUUAUUUGUCUUGAUUCGAUCAUUGGAGUUUGAUGAAUUACCUAGUAAACCUCAAAUUGAGAAGAAAGCUUCAGUCGUUAUGAGACCAAGAGUAGUCGGUGAAGAAAAAGCUGGAUUACAAAUGCCUUUGUUGGUCAGACCAUACUCUGGUUAA